UGCAGACGGUGAAGCGAGCACCACACCAUUGCCUAUAUCAAGAAUGCUCUCCGUUUCCACGAAAGCCCUAUAUAUUUGAUGCUAUAAGGGAAGGCCUAUUACCAUUCUGCUUUUUUUUGCUGCGUCGCUUUUAGAGGAAGAUUUUUUUUUAUGUCGAGUAAGAAGGUCUGUGUGUAAAGAAUUGCCAAGAUAGAUUCUGCUGUAUUAAGGAAAGAUAAUAUUUUACGUUUUCAAAUACUCGGUGAAAACAAAGGUGUCAAAGGAAGUAUAAUUUCAAGGACUACCGAAAAAUAUUUGGAAAGGAGACUUGUAAUAAUUAUGAAUAAUUCUGCAUAGAAUUGGUUCAAGAAGAUGUCUUGGGUGAACGAUUCGCCGUAUACAACAACAGUAUACACAUCUGCAUUCAGCUCAAGAAAAUCGUUCAUUGACGCGCCUGUCGAAUUUUCAAUCGAUUACAGGUUAUGAAUUAUAUGAGCAGAAUCGUGAGAGUAUGCAUUUCAUCUACGAACCGUUAGUAGGCCUACACUCUGGAAAUGAAACCGGUUAAAUAAAAGCGUGAACUUGGAGAGACAAACUAUGGUUCAAAGUAGUAUUCUUGCGUUAAGGAAAUUAUAGUCGUCCGUAUUAUUUGGUUUUUCUUUAGACGCUUGCGUCCGAAAUACAGAUAAUGGGAAAUACAGAGAGUCAAGAUGAAGGUGAGUUAUACCAGGUGAGGGACUCGCAUAUUCGGAGAGAUAGCCUCCCACAGUUGGAUAACCUUCCCGUGGAACCACCCCAGCUAAAGGCAGAUUUAAGUCAUCUCACGGCUGAGGAAAAGAAGCAUAUACAGGAAGUCUUGGAUCGAGCUAGAGAUUUGGAGGCAACAGAAGAAGACAGAAUAAGGAAUUUAGAAGAAGAUUUUACGACAUACGCCGAAUCGUUACUGAGUAGAUUUGCUGACCAUGAAUCAAUGAAAGACAAGGAUCUUUGUCCAAUAUGUCACGUGACAGUUUUAAGCCCCGACGCGGAACCAGGCACUGCGCAAGAAGGAUUACCGUGCGCAGAUUGCGAGCGUCAAGUCUGCCUACAAUGUGGAUUUUAUGUUACGUCAGUUGCAACAAAGGUGAGUUGUUUUUUUUAAAUAAUAAAGGUGAAUUUUACGGUAAUGCUAAUAAUAAUAAUAAUUAUUAUCAUCCAUUUUUUUACAAUCACUUUAUUCAAUGGUCCCUCUCUCCUUUAAUGAUCUCUUUCCCUUUUGCUGACUCUGUAUUCUGAAUGAAGUACGGAAUAUUCAUAUAUACAUAUAUCGAUGAUUGAUCGUUGAUAUAAUUAACCAAUCCAUCGAUGAUUAAUCAUCGAUCAUUAAAUGAUAUCGAUUAUAUCGAUGAUUGCUCAUUGAUAUAAUUAAAUCAAUCCCAUAUAUCGAUGAUCAAUCAUGUAUCAUUAAAUGAUAUCGAUUAUAUCGAUGAUUGAUCCUUGAUAAAAUUAAACCAAUCCCUUAUACCAAUGAUGAAUCAUCGAUCAUUAAAUGAUAUCAAAUAGGCCUAUAUCGAUGAGUGAUUUGAUAUAGUUAAACCAAUGCCUUAUAUUGAUGAAUAAUCAUCGAUUAUGAAUUGAUAUCGAUUAUAUCGAUGAUUGAUCAGAGGGUAUUGCUUAGUACCGCCCAAUUUGGCAUGCGCAGUUGUAUCCUAAUAAUUCAUACCAAUUAUCUAAUGCUAAUGAUGAUAAAGCUAUUAAGGACAAAGCCGAGUGCUUAUAAAUUACCUGAAAUUGACAAUCUUGCAAUCUUGCAUUGAAAGGUGUAAAUGAUGAAUUCAUCUGUCCACAAUAAGCGAAUCUAUUGUUGAGAAUUUGUGUCAACAUUGGACCCAUACAGGCGUGUAUAAUUCAAGUACAGUACAACUAAUGGUUUCAUUAUAAGCAAUCCAUUCUCGACUGGGUAUGGGCGGCAACCAAUGCACAUUAGGAGCGCAAUAAUCUCAUGUUGACACAGGGUUGUACAGGCGAAUACAUAGCAUACCGUCUCUUGUAAAUUAAACAUACAUUCAUUUUAAAAGCGAGAUAAUUUAAGAUAGUUCACAAUUUCUCAUUCACACGAAUAAAAUAUAUACUGUGAUUUCCAAUUGGAUCACGUUGAAGAUAAAGACAAAUUACACACUGUAGUUUCGAAAACAUUAACUUAAAAUUGAUUGACAAUUGAACAAUAAAAAAAAAACAAAAAAAAAACAAAAACAUACUAAUAUACGGAAUCAGAAUUACAAAUGAAUUAUACGCGUUUUAAUGUCUCUCCUUCUUUCCCAGAGGAAUUAAGGACUUCAAAUAGUGAACAUCAGAGGUAGAGGGUUUUCAGUUAGGGUGGCCAGUAUUGAAAACAAGUUAAUACAAAUACAAAUAUAUCAUAACUAUUAUUAUUAUUAUCAAUAGUAUUAUUACUAUUAAUAUUACUUUUAUUAUUAUUUUUGUUAUUAUUAUUAUUAUCACUAUCAGUUAAUCGUCUUUUGCUUUUUCACAUUAUUGUAUUCAGCCAUGAAAUUUCCCCGUAGCGGGAUGAAUAAAGUAUCCUUUUAUCCUUGUAUCCUUGUACGCGCCCGUGUACGUGUAUUUAUUACGUAACCGGCAUAGUUUAUACACACCCGACUGUAUUAUUUAGAACUAAAGUUCCUGAAUUCAUUUAACUUGCCUCAGUGAUGAUUAGAUAUUAGUGUUGUUGCUGUAGAGAAUUAUUAGUCAUCGUUUCACCUUCCAUAAUUAGGUAGACCUAGACUCACACCAAGAUGAAGCAUUAUUGAUUAUAUUGUGCCUUAAUGAGUUGAGUAAACAGUGCAAGCUCUAAUGAUCCAGAUGCUCCUUCCAAGGACGAGAAGGAGUUCGGAAUCGUGCACGUGCAAAUUAAUCUUAAACAUGAAUAUAUCGUUCUAAAAAUAGUCAUUAAACCGGUAUACAUAUUGUCCAUUAAGGUAGUAAAACACCAACAACAUAUCAUUUCAGGUUUACUGAUAUAUGAGGAAUGAAUGCAUAAAUGAUUUUAUAACUGAGUCAGAAUUUGCUAUAUAAUCAGAAUACAGUAACAUAUGCCUAAUUUUUAAAGGCCUACCGUAUGUAUUCGAAUAGUAUCAGUGAGAAAAUGUUAUUGGAUCUAUGGAGUUAUAAUUUAUCUAGAGAGAAGACGUUCAUUAAGCAAUCAUUUGAAUACUGGAUAGUAAUGGAUGGAUGAUACUAUCACUAAAUCAAGGUCUACACAAAUCAUUACUAGCGGAUUAUAACCUGGUUACGUCAUCGUUGCACACUUGAAAUGGUCUGUCAACCGAAACAACGACGCAAAAUCAACGUGCGUAAAAUAUGUGCACAUGGCUGCGUGUUCCACGCAUGCGUAGUGCAGCUUGCUAAAGUGGGACUGUGUCAGGUAUGCUGAUACACAAACUACUGCCAUAAAUUGCUGUCUCAAUUGUGGCUGUAUUCUGCGGUUGGUUUAUACAAAUUAGAUGUAUUUCUUGAACAUUGCGAACCGUGCCUAAAUCAAUAUAUGUCAUUUUGCUGUAUAUUAAUUCCAACUGAAAGAAAUAACAAAUUGAAGGUAUUGUAUAUAUCUUUAUAUGCCUAAGUUUCAAUCACACGAACCUCAAUUUCCUAAGGUAAAUGUUACAAGCACACAUACGGUAGUGAAUUCGACUGGCUCCAGGCCGAAUUCUUUGUUAAAGAACUUCUAUUUCGUUAACAUUAAUAUUUAACCUCUAGAAUAUAUGCGCACACUAACAGCUUGAGUAUGUGGAAAAGACAAUCCAAACCAGUCACUCUUCACAAAUCGUGUUUCAGAGAUAAUGGUCAAAACAUGCUGGAAUGUAAAAAAAACUUUGAAAUCCAUUUUAUUGGACUAAACUAACCUUUAUAUAGGAUACAUCAUGAUAUGCUGUUAUUUCCCUCUUUUCAGUGUUAAAACAACAAUUUUUAACAAUUUGGUGAUGGUUUAUGCCCGAAAAAUGCCCGAAAUCAUA